GGGGUCACUUUGCGAGAUUUCUCAGAUCUGUGUCAAUAAUCACAACACGAACUGACUUUCGAUUUAAUUCGACGUGUCUGCAAAAAGCUUUGACUGUUUCUGUUGGAUUCGACACUUAGCAAGGGCGAAAAUGAGCUUGGACGGAGGGUAAAACCGGCUGCAAGAGUCCACCGUGGCAAGAGCUGAUAAGAUUUCGUCGUGUGCAGUGUUUCCCAUGACACGUCCCAGCUGAAAUCAUACACUUUACUCCCUCGACAUGUUAACGUUUUCGCCGGAAACACGGAGCAUGUUGCUUUUGGGUUAAAAAGCUGUCGUGUCCGUCAGUAUUCCACUGGAUGAGGACCGCGUAACAUUUAUUCUUUCUCAAAAUGCAAUGAUGUGAUUGCAAUGCGUAUAAACAGACUCUACUUUCUGAUUUUUGUGUCUUUGAUCGUAUGGGCCAUCUUCACAUACUUUUUAUUCCAACACAAGCCAGCCAACUACCAUGCAUCAGAGGUAACCAACAUUGAAGAGCAGCUUCACAAACUAGAAACUGACGUGAAGCAGCAGUACAAGGAAAACGAGAAGGUCUAUUCUUAUUUGUUGAACAUCAUCCAAAACAAAAAAAAUGAGGUUGCAAAAGCAGAAAAAACUGAAAUUGUUGGAAAUCCAGAGGAAAAUGUCAUUCCAGAUCAAGGAAAUGGGCAAAAGAAGGACGUUCUCCCCCCUCCAAGCUUCAGUCAUUCCAAUAUUCAAGGGCCUGUGAUACUUGUCAUAGUUUUUGCUUACAAUCGACCUUCCGUUUCUCGAUGCCUGAACGAACUCAUAAAGUACAGGCCUUCCAAAGAGCAAUUUCCAAUUGUAGUGACACAAGAUGGUGAUCAUGAGGAGACAGCCCAAGUCAUUGCCAGUUAUGGGGACAAUGUAACUCACAUCCGACAACCGGACAAAAGUGACAUUCAAGUGCCGCCUAAGGAAAAGAAAUUCAAGGGCUACUUUAAAAUCGCUCGUCAUUAUGGCUGGGCUCUUAAUGAAACUUUCUUUGGGAUGAACUUUGACGCUGCCAUCAUUGUGGAAGAUGACUUGGAUGUAUCACCAGACUUUUAUGAGUAUUUCCUAGGCCUGUAUCCCAUUCUCCAGCAAGACCACUCUCUCUUCUGUGUGUCGGCAUGGAAUGAUAAUGGCAAAACCAAGCUAAUUGACUCCUCGGCUGCCGACUUGCUUUACAGAACUGAUUUCUUCCCUGGUCUUGGUUGGAUGCUUUUAAAGAGGCACUGGGUGGAUCUCUCAACUAAGUGGCCGCCAUCAUAUUGGGAUGACUGGAUCAGAAGGCCAGAGCAGCGUAAAGAGAGAUCUUGCAUCAGGCCCGAAAUCUCUAGGACGAGAACUUUCGGAAAACAUGGCGUUAGCAAUGGUCUCUUCUUUGAAAAACAUCUCAAGUACAUUAAGCUUAAUGAAAGAUUUGUGCCUUUUACAAAAAUGGACUUGACAUACCUUAUGAAGGACAACUAUGACAUAAAGUUUGUGCAACACGUCUACAACAGCACUGUAGUUACUAUCAAUGACCUGAAGAAUGGAUUGAUUCCACACAACCAACCUGUUCGCAUUCAAUACAACACCAAGGAUAAUUAUAAGCUCGCGGCAAAAGCUUUUGGAUUAAUGGAUGAUUUCAAAAGUGGAGUUCCUCGCACUGGGUACCGAGGAAUAAUAUCAUUUUUCCACAACGGAAGGAGGGUGUACCUGGCACCAAAAGAUGGCUGGAAGCAAUACGACCCAACAUGGAGCUAGCACUUGCAGACACACCAACUCUCAAGUUAAUCAAUACUCUGGACAGCUAAGUGUACUGGCUCCUAAUAUUAAGAUGAAUGAUCUCAUGUUACAUCAAAAUCAGAAAUUUUGAAUUUUAAUAUUGAUUCUAGUAUAAAACACACACUACCACAACUAAAAACCAACCAAUUAAUACAAAAGAGCUCAUAGGCGAGGCAAAGAUUUUACUGUAGUACGCAGUUGUUCAAAAUUACCUCACAAGUCUUUGAUUGACCCCUGUUAAAAGCAGCCGCGAUUGCUGUUUAACUCUUUAACCCUCCUUGAAUCUUGUACUCGGCUUGGAUUUUGAGCAGUUAAAAAAAUUAUCGCAGUUGGUGCUAGUGCUCCAAGAGGCCUAUUGAAAAUAAUUACGGAAUAAGUGAAUACAGAAUUUGAUUCCUGAAAUUGUGAUAGCAACACAAGUCUCUGGCAAAAUUUCACGAAUGCUAUAAUUUGGACUUCUAGUUGGCCAGAGUGUUGAAAUUCCUAAAUUCAAACUCUCUUGUCUUCUAAACUAGGGUAUUGAUUUUUUUUACCCUUAAUUAAAGCCCCUUGAAUUUUCCGACUUUCUAUUGUUAUCCUUAACUUUUAAAAUGAAUUCAUAUAAUCCGUGAAGGGCAUUUUAACUUUUUUGCAUUUCAAUAAUUGCAAUUAAAAUUGAUGUUCUCAGCAAGAUAAUUCAUAAUUUAUUGGUCGAUAACAACUAUAACUUCAGCGGGCUAAAAGUUAGUCGUUAUUGUUUGCAAAACAGUUGUUAGUACAGGGAUGUAAUGUAUAAUUAGCUGCGACUUCCAGUUUUUAAAAUGUGUACAUAGUUAUUUUGUGUUGUUUAAAGUAUUGGCAUGCGCCAUACAAACGAUGAUAAAUUUUCUUGCCUGUGCCCCACAGUGUGUUAAUUUUUAAAUUUUUAUGUUGGAACUCUCUAAUUUGUAAACAUAGAAAUGAUGUCACUCUGCAGAGAUUUGCUCACAAGGCAAAAUUGCGCACAUUGAGUUCUAAAUGAUUUUGAUUUUCAAUUUUUGUCCUCAUUGAGUUUUAAUUGUUAGUUUUGUUGGGCCAACUUGUAAAUUUGACAGAGCAGUGGAAUAAAAAAUCAAACAGUCAUGUCAAAAA